GAAGGGGCCCGUGGCAGCCUGAGUAGUUUUACGCCUGGUGCAAUUGCUGGACUAGUGAUUGGUUUUCUGCUUGCGGCCCUUAUUUGCAUGUUCUUUAUUUGGCGUCGCUGGAGAGAACACAAGAUUUUAAAGAAGAAAGGUCUUAUUCUAGGGUAAACAAUAUUUUGUCUUAAUAAUAAAAUUAGACGUGAUAUGAGGGAAUAUUUUGGGGAAAAUCGAAGGACGGUAAAAUUAAGAAAUUCAAGAUUGUUAAAAAAAAACGUUUUAUUGGGUAAUGCUAGCAAAAAGGCUCGUAACUAAGCAACAGUUAAUUGGUGACUGAGUUUUUUUAAUAUAAAUAUGAGAAAAACAUUUUUUUUUUCCUAAACCAGCUCAGGAUUUCUUGAUGGACCUCUUUAGACUCAGAUUCUUCAUAGUUUUUGUUUUGUGUAAUGACUCAACAAAAGGCAAACUGAUAUUUAUGGUUUACUUUAAGAAAUGUGGAGUCAUAAUUAAUCUUCUGAUCUUAAACUGAAUCAGUUUACUUUUAAUUGUCUCCAGCUAUUAAAGCAAAAAUUAUAAGCGGGGCUGUUAAAAGUUUCAGUGGUCGCCAAACAAAACACUUAUAACGUUUUCAAACAAUUGCAACAGUAAAUUCUUAUCUCUCUUUUUUGCAGGAAAAACGGCUUUAUUAUAGAUCAUUGGGAGGUAGAUGGUGACCUUGUUACGCUUGAAUAUGAGAUUGGAGAGGGAGCCUUUGGUAAGGUUUACAAGGGAACUCUAAUCAAACCCACCAGCUCUUUGCCCCAGAAAUUUUUUUUGAAGCCGUGGAAGAAAACUGCUAAAACUGUCAGUGGAAGUGAGACAUACGUAGUUGCGGUGAAAGUGCUUCAUAGUGAGUAUCAAUUGUUCCUGGUAUUGUAAAUAAUAUAUCCUGAAUAGUAUCUUACAACCCUUUGUAAAAGCAUAAGCUGAAUAACUUCAACUUGACUGUCAAUGUAUUUAGCACAAAGUUACUAGUUAAGGACACCAUUCUUACGUCUCCUACUGGAGACGGGACCGCCAGUUUACAUGGUCAUCCGGGCGACCCAAAGGUCUAGCCAAUUGUAGGCAAAGUCAGUACCUUCAUUUCUCAGUUACUUUAAGACUCAGAGUAUUGGUCCGACCCUGGGAAUCGAGCUCGCGAUCUCCCGCUCGGCAGUUAUAUAAGCACUCUGCUGAAUGAGCUUUUAACCGGCUCUGUUAAUACUUUCCUCAGGCUCCACACUGUCUAGCUAAAAGCCUCACCGAUAAAAUCGACCCACAACCGACCCAGAGAAAGACAUCCAUCAUUUUCUCUUUGCCAUUAGAUAUCCCAGAUGAAAGUGUGCGGCAAGACUUUCUCGACGAAAUUCAGUUGAUGAAGGCGGUGGGGUCACACAAGAAUAUUGUCAGCAUGGUCGGCUGCUGCACUCUCGAGGAACCUAUGUUUUUGUUAGUUGAAUAUGCCCCGUACGGUGAUCUCCUACACUACCUCAGAAAACAUAGGAAAACGGUAUUUGUCCGCUUAAAUACUUACAUACAUACUUAUAUUCCAUCCCUAAUCAAGGCUUUUCAGAAGUACAGACAAACAUAUGUUAUAACUGUCUUACUGUCUUAAAACCAAAUAUAAAUUACACUAGACAUAGAAUAUUUACAAGCUAAUCUCAGGUAGGUUAAUAAUUAUAAUUUUAUAAUUACCUAAAUAGCCUAAGAUAUGUAAUGCUAAUUGUUAAGAAAUUCUUCAAUCAGAUUUUUUCGCAUUGCGUUCUUAAAAGCGUUAUCGUCAGCCAGUUGUAAAGUUUGAGCCUUGAGCAAAGUUUGAGCCUAGUAACCCCUUGGUAGUAAAAUCAAAGUUUACCUGCAGUAGUUGUUUUAAGUAGGGGGAUAUUAGUUUAUUUAUGUUUUGAAGUGGCAUUACCUAAGCCAGGGAAAAUCUACGGGGAAGGAGGGGAUACUUCCUUAAUUGACACAUCCAAGUUCCUAUAUUGAAAAACGUGGACGUUCCAAUACGAAACGUCAAGGGGGAUAUAAAAAAGCAAUUUUUAUCACCGCUGUGUUUUAUUAUGGAUAUGGGAUUACGAUCUUUUGGACCAAAAAAAUUCCUUAUUAGAAAAAAUUCUCCGAUGCCAAAAGAAAUUUUGUUCUUCUCAAAACAGUAACAUCCAAGCUUUCAAGGCUCUUAUGAACAAGCUAGUCAAUGUAUUGCAUGUAAAGGAAACGAUCUCAGUGUAAUAUGUACGGCACCUAAUUUCUAAAAACAUUUCGAGUAUAUUACUUAGCAUAAAUAAGUACAUUCUCCGUUUUCACAUCUUCCACAAUACACUUUUUGUCCCUCCCCCCCCCCCAAAAAAAGUAAUAAAAAUUUCUCUUACUUGAGUAAUAGAGUUGUCCCAAAACAAAUUGAAAACAAUGCUUGUUUUAUUGGCAAAAUAUUGGCGAGUAAUCAAUGUGUAUUAUGGGAGAUAAAAUGAAGUGCCGAAUACGGUCAUAUCCUAAUUCUUUACGUCUUCCAGGCCUUCCAAAAGUCAAACAAAGACCUUGGAUGUUCAAUCACAUUCACUACAUCAGAUGAUGAGAUAAACAGGAUAAAAGCUAGCGGGGAAACCAAUAGCUUGAAAAUGGAAGAUCAAGAAGAAAAAGAAGACUACAACGAGGAGAUUUUGACCCAUGGAAAUCUAAUGGCGUUUGCUUGGCAUAUCUGCCAAGGGAUGGUAAGCAAGCCACCAGUCUUAAGCUACUUUUCUUGAGAAAAAUGUACGUCCAGUGAGGAAAAAAAAACAGGCUUCUCCUUCUAGGUAGCACAAAUGGCUUGCUUCCGGCCGACUAACACUCAGAGUCUUUAAACAACCGAGGAGAAAGUGCUAAUUUUGCUCUGACGUCUGCAAAUGGUUGAAACUUUUUUGAUUUGUAGUCUCGGAUAGGCUACAGUAUGACGAUAAACUCAGGACCCUUUCGCGCGGUCGUUCCACUUAAUCUGACUUUGCACAACGUUUAAAUUUCUGACGUAAAAUUGUUUUUUCCUUGUGUAAGGAAUACCUGGCGAGAAAGGGAUACGUUCAUCGCGAUUUGGCGGCUAGAAAUGUACUUAUUGGAGAAAAUAAGAUUGCAAAAGUGUCAGACUUUGGACUGUGUCGACACGUGUAUGAAGGGAAAGUUUACCAUGGCAAACGAAACAGGAAACUGCCCUUGAAAUGGAUGUCAACAGAAGCUAUCUUUGACCACACAUUCACUACGAAGAGCGAUGUGUAAGAUAACUCAUCAAUUAAUGCAUGUAAACUAAAUAUAGCGCUUUUCGUAAAUGAAGAAAGGAAAAAACUAAUUCAUAUACACUUUCAACGCAAAGUUCAAAUGAAUAAAAUGAUCAAAUAGGGCGAGCUUAUACUCUGCUGACAGAAGUUUCUUUUCGACGUGGGUUUUAACUUUAACGAAGUCGUUCACGUUGCUGGCAUUCGCGUAGUUGGCUUGUUUACGACUCCGCAUACGCUAAGAGUCAAGCCGGAAAGAAACCUCAGUAGUAUAGUAGUGAUGUUUACUCCUUUUUGGGGAGGAUCUCAUUACUUUGCGAUCAAAUGCAUUAACGCCAAUGACGUCAUAGCCAUUAGUCUUUAACUCAUGUGUAAAAUGCGGUGGAAUCUCAUUUAUGUAAGGUCAGGUAUACGCGCUAUAGGGGUUUUUAAACCCCAUUAGACAGGUGUUCCAGUUACUAAUAUAAUAAUAGGACGAUUAAUUGAGAUUGACUAAAAGCUAAGAAAGUGUAAAUUCAACGUGUCGAUACCUCGUGACGUAAUAACUCAAGGUUUAUUUCCUGCUGCUUUCGUUAUCCAUCGAUCACAGACAACUUAUUGUCCUGCUUCCGUUUUACGGUUCUCUGGCUGUGACUUUCCCUAGAAAAGAAAUGAAAAAAAGGUUUUUAUAGCAGUACCGGUGUAUUAUGAUCGUCCCGUGAUGGACUUAAUCAUCUUAACUUAUUCACAUAAAGGAUUUUGCAAGUGAAGUGCAUGCACCGUCAAUCCCAAUUAUUGUAAGCUAUACAUAAGGCAUCACCCAGUUCCUUUAACAAAAACAUACCUAUCUUUUCAAUGACAAAUCUAAUUUCGUUCCUCUUAUUUCUUACAGAUGGGCCUUUGGAGUAGUACUCUGGGAAAUAGUGACUCUAGGUACGCUAACAGCUAAAUAUAUCUGUAUACAAAUUCGAGUAAACAGUAACUUUAAACAUGAAGAGCGUUCUCGAAAAAUAUGAUAUUGACGGAGUGGUAAACAUUUACGCCUAUUUUUAUCAUACUAAAUAAACUGAGACAACGUAGUAUUGGCCUACUCAGCACGUGAUCAUUUUUCGUUUACGCGCAAAAAUCAUUUGAACCAUUUUUGGAGGAAUUGCGUGACACUGUUGAUAUUUGCCCUGUUGUUGCAAUAUUGCCAAAUUAAAUACAUAAGUAGUAUUUGUGCCAGUUCAAGCACAGGGUCCAGAGGAGUUUCGUGUGAAUAAAUGAAUUACUUAUUUAAAGUCUCACCUUGAAAAAUGUCUAUACCUGUCGCUUAGCACGACUAAUUAGCCCAAUGGGAUCUUUAUGAAUCUACUGUAAACGAAUCUUCGCUUCCCCAAUUCUUAUCUGACCCUGAUCGACUUUGUUGUUCGCCGUUUUGAAAAUCAAUAACCGCAAGCCCGAAGGGCGACCGAGGCACGAAGUGCCGAGUAAAAAAAGGACAAGCUUUCCGUAUUUUAUACUGUAAGCCGAUCUUGCGAGCCCUCAAUCUCUUGGUUUGUGGUCUGUAGAAUGUGUAACGAAACUGUAACGCGAUCAAAAUAACCCAUUUUUCAGAGGUUUUCGACGGGUUUUGAUGUUCUAACGAAAAACACAUCUCCUCUAGACCGUGUGGUUCAAGUGCAAACUCUGAGAUCUGGGAAAAUAUUGACUUUUUAAAAGUUUUUCCUAAAAAAAAUGGCUAUUCGGUGUUUAUCGCCAAAUGCCCAGUUUUCUCUGAAGAAAGCAUGGCAAGCCCUUUUUUCUAAUAAUUGGAUUUUAAUAGCCCUUAGUAUGAUCCACUUGUCUUACAAAGUCAUUACUGGUCUUACAAAAAGGCGUUUUUGAGCGACGCAGGUCAACCGGGAGUGGUCUUUUUUGCAUUUAUGGGCAGUAAUCUCACCCAAAUGUAGGGAAAACCGUUUCUGCAACUGUGAAGACACUUUGCAAUACAAAUCUGGUAGCGUCAAGGUCUCAAUUCCUGUUGACGUGCGUCGUUCAAAAACGCGGGCCUUUGCUUACAAACUCCCUAAAAUCUUGGGAAAUACUUCCCUGGUAUCACUGGGAUCCAGCCGUCUUUAAUACUGACUCCUGAAUCAUCAUAUCAGGUGGGACGCCAUACCCUACCAUAGAAAGCAAAGAGCUGUUUCGGCUGCUAAAGAAUGGGUACAGAAUGGAAAAGCCAGACACUUGCAACAAAGAGCUGUAAGUCAUGACAUUGAUGAUGCAGAUAUUGAACUUAAAUAACCAUUCAGUUACCAACAGCUAGUAGUUGAUUCUUGUGUACUUGGUAAAUUUCUUUUACUCUUUUUUUUUGUUACAGUUACAAAAUGAUGCACGACUGUUGGCAGGAUAACCCUGAAAAUCGUCCCACCUUCACGCAGAUUCGAGAGACCCUGGAGACUAUAAUGCAGAAGGACAAUCCAUAUCUAGACCUGACUGCUGUGGAACAAUCGCACGUCGAAUACAACGUGCGGUGUUUUGACAGUGUGGCGGAGGAGUCCGACGAUGAUCAAAGAGACGACAAUGUUGAAGUGGUGUGCCACGAAGGUAUGCAAGAUCGAUUAUAUUUCCAUUCCCUUGAACUGACUUACUGCACAUUGCUUUUAAUCUAAUUGUAUAUUCCUUCUUUACAGAUUCAGGUGGAGAAGUAAAGGUGAACAUAACGAAAAAUGAUCCACAGUCUAGUAAUUUGUCAGUGCAUGGAUAGCAACAUCAAAAGCGAAACCCAGCUGCGAACAGGGAGUAAUAAUUGUGCAAAGCACCAUCAAGAUCCUGAAAUCUACGGCUUAUUUAAUACACUGGAAACGUGUUUUUGA